AUUGGAGAUAUGCAGAUUUUUUCCUCAAGGUAGACUGCUCGCACGUGCAAGAGGCAGCUUUGGCAGCCGGUGUUGAGAGAAUCACACUGAAGCCUUGAAGCUUAAGAAGAAGAGGAUCGGACAGUGUUCCCUGCAGCGGGGUGAUGGACAGUUAAGACCGCUACGAUGACCGACGACUCCUUCACUGGCCCCUCCACCAAGCUGUCCUUCCAUCUGGCAGCCAUCCGCGUGAUCAACCUGCCCCAUACCCUCUAUAACUCCCUCUCACAGGUGAGCCUCAGUACAGGCACUAAGAAAGUAGUUGCUGCUACAGCCUUCGGCGCAGUGUCUCUCCUCUUCCUCGCCCGUCACUUCCAGAGGAGGAAAGGCAGGAAGAAGGGAGUCCAGUCACCCCAGUGGGAGCAGACAGGGACCUUUCAGUUUCCGGACCUGGUUGUUCACCAGGAGAAAGAUGCCUGCAGUUGCCAGAACCUCAGCCUGUCUCUCAACUGUAAGAAUGUCUACGCCUGUGGCCUUUUGCCCAACGCAGGACCUUACAGCAAGCUGUCUGUGUCACUACAGAGUCUGGCCUCGGUAAAGAGUAUCAACUCAUCCUGUACCUGCGCUAACAGCUCUACCUGCUGGGACAAACCUGGAGAUGAAGACAUCUCUAAUGUAGUCAACAUCCCUGUUACCACGCCUCAAAUACUCUACCUCAGGGGUAUGGAGCUGUUUGAGGAGGCGCUGAGGCGGUGGGAUCAGGCCUUAACCUUUAGUGGCAGACCAGAGGAGGAGGAGCCUGACUGUUCCUCUUUUAUGCUGGGGGCUGGAGACUCCACAGCUGAGGAGAGUAUAGAGGACCUGAUCAGUGCAGAGUUUGUCCACAAGCUGGAGCUUCUUCUCCAGAGAGCCUACAGACUACAGGAGGAGUUUGAAGGAGCUCUGGGCGUCUCUGAACCUUCCUCACACAGCGGCAGCCACGAUAAAACUCGUGUGUUUUGUAGAGAUGAUCUGGAUGAUGUGUCCUGUCUCAAAGACUCCGUCAGCAUGGCCUCCAACGACUCCUUCAUGUCUGCUGCAGAG